AUGGUCGAGGGAACUCGUCAGACGCGCCGGACCCGAUGCAGGACGGGUUGUAUGCGGUGUCGGGUGCGGCGGAGGAAGUGCGAUGAGACUAAACCGCGCUGUCGCAAUUGCAUCGAGAAGAACUUCACCUGCCAGUAUGGGCCCAAGUUGACAUUUUUGCAAAAGAAUGCGUUUACGGUUACCCCGGCGGAGAUUCCGAAACCUGCUAGUGGAGCAUAUGAUGCUAUUCAGUUCGUCAAUGAAGACAUCCAAAGCUAUCGCGAUGCGACGUGGGAUGAAGCUUCCGAUACAUCAAUUCAUCCACCCUCUGAUCCAGCUACGCCUCGUCCAAACAAUCAAGAUACACUAGAUGCGCCAGCCGAGCUGGAUGAUAUUAGCAACCUUCCUGCCUGGCCACCUGAUACACCAAAUAAUCCUCCUCAUGCAAGAUUCAGCGAUGGCGAUGAAUCAGCAGUCCAAGGACUGUUGGCAUUAGGAAAUACAGCAGAAACAUCAGUUCUAUCGAAUAUAAGCGAUUUUGCAGGUCUGGAUACACCUCGACUCAAUCCAUCGCGAUCUGUUUAUUCCGAUCAGUUCAGUCAUCGCGUAUCGAAUGCUGGGGUUUCUAUCACCGAUGAUAGUAUCAUUUCUCAGACUCGGAUUCUGCAGUUGCUGCGGCAUUAUCGAUAUGAGGUGGCAUCUUGGCUUGAUAUAUGCGAUGUGUGGCAGUCAUUUGGGAUCCCGGCAUUGCAGAUGGCCGUGUUGUCGAAGGCGACAUUAUCGACUGUGUUAAGGCUGUCUGAGAUGUCUUUUAAUUUGCUUCAUCGGAUGAAUCCGUAUGAUUCAGUUAGCAGUCAUAUCAGUCCAGAAGACAAGGAUAUGACUAUGAAUAUCACGAGCAAAGCUCUCUUGAGUGCUUUUCAGACGGUGCAUUUCUUCAUCUCUAACAUUCCACGGGCUUGGACGGAUCCUCCCAGAAUUAACUUGGAUCUACUGAGCAAUCUGGGACUGCAUGCAUCUGAAAUGAACAUCAAUUCUGCUAUUUACUGGCUGUUUCUGCGAUUAGAUCUCAGCGUCGCCCUAGCCACCGAUACAUCCAUCACAAUUCCCCUCCCAAUGUUUCCCGCUUUCAGUCCAUCAGGUAUCGACCACGCAGACUCUGGACGAGUCUUUCACCUUGCGCAUAUUCCCCUCUUCCUCUGCGCCAAGGCACUGCAAUUCUGUAACGACGAAACACAACCCUCGCACCGUAGGACUGAUAAUUGGAUGUCGCUCGUGGAUCAACUGGAGCAGUGGUAUCAUCAUCGAUCACAGGAGUUUCAUCCCAUGCUUGAACUGGAUCUGCAUGAUCCUUCUAUGAAUACAGAUGGCAGUUUCCCUGUUAUUUUAUUCACCAACGGUGCGGGGAUAUUUGGGAAUCAGCUCUAUCACACGGCGAUGCUGCUGUUGCUUCUGAAUAGACCUCGCACGGCACGACAUGUUCAACUGCAGCCAUCUGCCAUGUCGCCAUUAUGGCAUGCCCGACGUAUUUGUAGUAUUGCUCUGAAUAAUGACCGCCGGGAAUGCUGGGAUUUAUCUCUGCUCGCUUCGUUCCUCGUUGCAGCCAGACGUAUGACCCACGAGUCCCAGCAGCAGGAGAUACUGCACGGCUUCGAGCAGAUCCGGACCGUGACUGGAUGGGACAUCAGCGAGUAUUUAGGGAGCCUGCGCGAAGAAUGGGGCAUUCACGACUCCUGA